AUGGCGGCGAAGUUUGGCCUCAAUCCGGGCGAAAAGCAAAGGCUCAGAGACACAGUCAUAACCACAAACUUCAAGCCACCAGGCAGGCUGGGAGACCCGAAUCUGAAGUUCUUCCAGGAACCGAGAGCCCAUCCCAAGAUCGUGGAAACGUUCACGGCGUUUGGCAUCGAUGGCAGCCAACCGAAUCCGUUCGCCGGCAUGAGAUGGGACGACCUCUCCUCUACCAGGCAAAUGGCCCAGAACCAUGCUACAAUGGCGAAGCUAUACGACAUGCUACCGAAUGAUUUACCAGAGGACUCCUUUGAGCCGGAGGUGCGGGAGAUCACAACGACGUUCAAAAGCUUCGACGGCACAGAACGAACACUGUACAUCUUUCGACGCAAAGAUCUCAAUAGAGAGAUGCCGGCUGUUAUGUAUACCCAUGGUGGUAUGACCAUUCUUGACGCUGGCAACAAAGUCCACUCCCGCUGGUGUCGCUCCCUGGCUGUUCAAGGCGUUGUCGCUGUCGCGAUUGACUUCAGAAAUGCGUGGACACCUCAAGGAAACAACCCCUUUCCCAUUGGACUGAAAGACUGCACUUCGGCCUUCCAGUACAUCGUUCAACAUAAGGCUGAGCUAGGAAUUGACAAGAUCAUCCUCCACGGCGAUAACGGCGGAGCUAAUCUGGCACUCGCCACGGCCUUGAAAGCAAAGAAGGAAGGUUGGGUGAGCCAGAUAGCUGGAGUAUACGGCCUAGUGCCCUACAUCAGCAAUGCGUACGGCUGGGGUGAGGCUCGAAAGCUGAAAGAACUGCCCAGCCUUUACGAGUGUGAAGGAUAUUGGCUCUACACGGCGAUGCUAGCUGGCAUGGGUUACUAUUACAGCGGAGACGAGGCCGAGCACCCGUUGGCAUGGCCAUAUUUCGCGACCGUCGAGGAUUGUAGAGGUCUACCGCCCCACGUUUUAUCCAUGGAUGAAUUAGAUCCUUUGCGAGACGAGGGACUGGCAUACUACCGGACGCUUCUUGCAGCUGGUGUGGAAGUCACGGCGCAAGUGAACUUGGGUGUUGUGCAUGGUUCGGCUGUACUGUUUCGAAAGCUGUUACCGGAAGUGCAUAACAAGGCUAUCAAGGAUGUGGCUGCGUUCGCGAGGAGUCUCUGA